AACAAAAACAUGUGAAAAUCGUGAUUGAAACACAAAAAUUCUUAAAACUAGUGUAAUUAAUAGAAUUAACACAAGAUGAAUUUUGGCAAGAAGAUUAUGGAGAGAUAUGGGUACAAGGAAGGAGAUGGUCUCGGAAAAAAUCAGAAUGGAAUUGUUGAGCCGAUUAAGGCAAAUUUUAAAUUUGAUAACACUGGAUUAGGCGAUAAAGGUCCAGUAAAGGAGGAUCAUUGGUGGGAACGAGUUUUUAAUGAAGCAAGUACAAAUGUCAAUGUCACUAAAUCAGAAAAGGGUGAAAUUGGCAUAGAUUUGACUGAUAAAGACGGUGUAGAAAUCACAAAUAAAAGCUAUUCCUUGAAGAAACUCAAAAAUGCAAAUUCCAAACUACAGUACGGUAAUUUCCUUAAGUCUGCGACACUUCUAGCUAAUAAAGGAGAAGAAAAGGAAAUUGAAGGACAUUUAAAGACCGAGGAUAUAGAAAUUAAGCCAUUUCAAGUGCUAUCCGAUGCAGAAUUGCUUAAAGCAUGCGAAUUUAGAACAGCACAUAAAGGCGCACGUCAUGGAUUAAAAUUGAGUGGAAAGCUGCAGCGAAUAGCUGAACAGGAAAAAGUUUUACUGGAAAAAAUGAAGACUAAUCGCAGUGAAGUAUUUAAGCAACCAUCAGAGACCAGUACAAGUACUAAGGCAAGGAAAAGGGGAUUCGAUUUGAAUAGCUCAAAAGAUGACAGCAGUGAUGAUGAAAAGAAGCUCCCUAUUAAUUUAGACAGAAAUAUUGCAGUAUCAAAGACAAAAAAGAAAAAGGAAAGGAAAACUGUCAAUGAAUUAGCAGAUCAAAUAUUGUCAUUUGCAUUAGACAAAAGUCAGUCACAAGAAAGUAUCCAAACUAGCACUAAAAAUCAAUCGAUUGUCCAUCAAGACACACCAAUUAAAAAGAGAAAGAAGGAAUUAAGAUCCAGUAAGAAAGAAUCUAAUGAUUUAAACAAGAUUGUCGAAGAUAUUGAACAGAUAGACGAGGCAAGGCUCAAAAGAAAGAAGAAAAAAAAGUCCAAAAAGGAAAAUAAUCUCCUUGAUGAUGACGAGACUAUGUCUGAUGUCGCAAAAGAAAGUAUCAUUAAGCCUAAACGUGUAAAAAUUAAUGAUGAUUCAGCUGCGGAAGCAAGUAUAAGUUCAGAUGAUGAUAUCGAUAAAAUUAAUGAAAUACAUCACAUACAUUUGAAUAACAGCAAAGUCAGUUCCAAUGAACUGCGAAAUAAAAAUUAUGAAAGCAGUAGCAGAAAAAAGAAAAAGAAGAAAGUUAAAACUAAGGCUUCAUUAAUUAGUGACGAUAGCUGGAAGAUUACACAUAAGAAAAUGGAUAAAUAUGAAGCAAAGAAAUUGAAGCUUAAAAGUAAGCAAGAGAAAUUAGCUAAAGAGGAACCUAAGAUGCUGUCUAAAAAGGCAAAAAAGAAGCAACUUAAGGCAGCCAAAAAGGAAUUUGCACUGCUGACAGAUACCGUCAUUACAGAAAUGAGUUCUGUUCUGUGAACUAUGUUAAAUUGAAUUUUAUUGAAUUCUGUCUCUUCAAUUUAUAUACAUGAAUAAAAUCUAAUUGGAUUAAUUUUGUUAACUUUGUGCC